AUGUCAAUAUUGUGUCUAUCUUCCUCUAAAACAGGUAAAAUAUCAAGCAAAUAUAAUAUCAAUGGUAUUGGUAAUGAUGUAAGGGAAGAAAAGACAGACCACGAUGAGGAUGAGAAGGAGGAUAGGGAUGAAGAUGACACUCUAAUGGACCCAAAGUUGAAGGAGGCAAUUGAGAAGAUGCAGAAACUAGAUCGCAUCCUAGCAAAGAAGGUGAAGAAAGAGAAAGACGUGAAACGACAGAGACUUCUUCUGGAACAGAAGCUGCUGGAGGAACUGGAAAGAGCAAAACCAGAGGGCAGAGAUGAGACUAAAGAGUCAGCGGAGAACACCACCAAAUUCCUGGCCCUCAAACCACCUCCAAAACACUAUGAGGGGAUCUUGACUGAAGAGGAGGAAGUCUGUUUCUCACCUUUGUUUGCUACACAACCUAUUGACCUCAAAGAUGGCCAGUCCCAGUAUUCAGAUGCCACUAGUGAGGGUGCUAGCACUUCAAGAUCAACAUCUACAGGAAAGUUCUCCACAAAUAGUCGCCAAACUUCCGGCAGCAACAAGAAAAGAAACAAUAGCAAGGAUAGGAAAGGAAAAAAGACAAAGAAAAAUUGUGCAGAUCCAAAAGACGAGACAAAUUUCAUUCAGAGAAACAUUCAGCUUGCCUCAGAUGCCAGCAACGUUAUCGCAAUGACGGAUGAUGAGAAGCGUCGACUUGAAGAUCUGCUGGCAGAUGUAGAGAUGUUAGGUGAUGGCGAUGACAAUAAACAGAAUGAUGAGAAUUUACAUACCUUGCAAUUACAUUCGGUGCCAGGCAUUGGGUACCAUCCUGACCAGACUGACAUGCAGGCCCUAAAGGAUAUCGAUGAAAAACUAAAGGAAUUGAUGCCGGCAGAAGACUUUGAAUCAAUUUGUAGCACGCCAAGAGAAAUAAACAUCCAUCCUUCUGUAGCACUGACACACAUCAGUGACCUUCGAGAAUCUCUGGAUGUGAUGGAGUUAGGAGAAAAAGUACUGCAAGAAAACCAAGAUAUGAGAAAUCAGCAGGAAAAGUUAAAGAACAUCGAGAAGGAGUUGGUGAAAUUACAGAACCGUGUGGAAAUGGAGAUUAUAUCACCAAGAAUGUCAAAGGCCCAACUGUCAGAACUUUACGAAGAAUUCACAGAUGUUAGUUCACGUGCGACAUCCGAGACAAAUUCCAUAGCAUUAUCCUCUCCCAGGACACCCCAUGGAGCAGUAUCCUCUCCCAGAACACCCCAUGGAUUUAAUUCACAGACUCAGUCAACAGUAGAUGCUUCUUCUCCCCGGACCCUUAGCCAGACCUCAUCCGUGUCGUUACAAGUGUCUACUCCUGUGCCUGAAGAUGAGAACAUGGUAGCAGCGUUACCCAAUGAUGUUCUUAAGCUGCUGUUGGAAGAGGCCAAGAGUGAGAUGAGUCACAACCGGAGUCGGCUGAGUACAGUUCAAGAGGAGAGUGAGGUGGAGUACUCAGUAACAUCAUCCUGGGAUUGUAUGACAAAUGGAAACGCUCCAGCAAUCAUACCAUCAUUAUCAGAAAGCAUCAUUCAAGAUUUGAUCAAAAACCCCAGAGUGACGUCCAAGAGUUUGUCCUCCAGUAGAGCCAAUAGCUCGGCAUCUCUGCCAAGCAAUACUUCGCUGUCAAACCAUCAGGAAUCAUUUUCUGUCACACCAACUUGCUCUAACACAGAGGUUUAUGAUGAGGAAAGCACACCAGUGCCUGAUCCAAGCUUAGGCCACACUGACAAUGGAAAACUUGCAGAAUCAUCUCCCAGAUAUGACAUUUCUGAAGAUACUGUGUCUGGUAAUUUGAAUACCAAGCAGUCAUCUGAGCAAGUUGCCAGUAAAAACACUUCUGCUGUAAAAUAUGACACAGAAACAAUUUCUGGAGACAAUGUUGUUGUGAAGAAUUCAAAAACACCUGGUCAAAACAUUAGAAAUGAUUAUGUUUCACCUAGAGAUGAAAGAAAUUCAACAUCAGAUGGGAGGAAUUCAAGAUCAUUUUCAAAGGGAAGGAAUUCCAGAUCAUCCUCAUAUGUAAGGGACUCUAGAUUAACUCCAGAUGGACUGAAUGAAAGUUUAACCUCAGAUGGAAGGGACUUGACAUCAACUGCAGAUGAAAAAGAUCUGACAUCAACGCCAGAUAGAAGAAAAGAUUCUUCAUCAUUGCUAGUGAGAGUGAAGCCACAAGCUAUGUUGUCACGCACCGACCCAGAGGCUUCAAUCUCUAGAGCUGCCUCAGCGACAUCAACCUAUCGUUCGGAUUCACAAGCCUCUACCAACACCGUAAUAUCCUCAUCCGAUUUUGAGUAUGAAAACCAGGAAGAGAUGAAAGACAACAUUCUUUGUAAAGAUCAACAAGGUCCCAUACCAACACCACCAAAGACUGGUGUGCCAUCAAGAACAAGAUCAACUUUCAGUCCACCAUUUUUUUGAGGAAAAUAAAAAUGAAAUAUGCUGACAGUCCAAACCAUUCUGUGUGAGUGUUCGAUGACAGGACACUAUCUGCUAAUUGUUGAUGGCAGUCUGAACAUAUCGUCAUUUAAAACAAUCUGAUGCACACCUUGUCACAUUGCAUUCCCCAUGGAAUCGCGUUGGCCGAUCACCGUCGGCACAGUGUGUGUCUGGAUAUAAUUUUUUUAUGGAGUGUUUUGAGAAAAUCAAGAACAAAGAACAUUAAAUGAACUAUGAUAGAAAUUACUUGUGCAGUAUGUUGUACAAUAGUAUAUAGUGCCAGGAUUUUGCUGAUGGGGUGUCCGAUGUCCUCAGUGGGGUAGUCGAUUUUUUUUCUCCUGACGAAUUGUAUAUUUCUCCCCAGAUAGAAGGGCCAGCUCUUCCCGAUGGAAGGGGGGGGGGGCACUGUUCCGCAACACACACACACACCCACACACACAUUGGUGCCAAUACUGAAGCAUAGGUCUUUAACCCAUUGUGAGUACAGUAUAGCCCACAUGAGUACAGUAUUACACCUAUGGCAACAUUAAAGUAUUUGUCACAGACCCUAAGGUUGGAAUCAUAAGAACACUAUAUUAUUUGUUUCUGCUAUGUACAAAAAUAGUUCUUUUUACUCUAAAAUACAAUUAACAUUUAUCAAUCGUACAGAUAAAUAUUGUGCAGAUUUGUUUGUAAAAUUUUCUUGUCAUUAUACCUUGAUUAUUUUAAUGUAAAUAACUAUUCUAUUUGCUGUACAUAUUCCUGCAAAUUUUACAAAUGGCAUGUUUGCGAGCAUUAUGUCACAGUUGAAACAAUAAAAUUUUUAUGAUUCAAAUAUAA